UGGCGAAUUUUGUCAGCUGUCAGAAGUGUCAGAGUAACAAGCUAUCAGCUGUGCGUAUCGGGCACACAACGAAUUUUUAACGGGAGGAACAAGAAAUAAAUUUGAGUGUUCUUCUCGCGGCGAUACCACUACGAUCCUGUUACAUAUUUCGCUAACGAUGUUACGCCUCUGUCGCAUCACUGCCAGAAAAUAAAUAAGGAGUACGAUGUACGAACAGGCCGCGAGUAGCUGGGCCGUUGGCCUAUACUCCUUGCUCGACCCAACGAAAUUUUUACCGUUCCUCCCGAAUUUAUGGAACAAACAGACCAUCGGCUCGCGUUACCUGAACGAUCCGAAGGUACAGGAUAUCGACGUGCUCGUGGGAUAUCUUAUCUUGUUCUGGGUGAUGCUGUAUCUGGUGUACGAGAAGUGUCUUAAUUCAUUGUUGAGGCGUAUGCGCUUUCCACUGAUGCAGCGGAGCAGGAUAAUUGAGGCUGCAUGGAACUGUGGAUUCUGUUUCGGUAGUAUAUGUUACAUGAAAUCAUCAGCCAUGCAGAUCCUGAGCUUUGCGUCUCAGGAGCAGGGAAUGACGUACCAGGAAUUUGGGAUUGCGUUGCAUAAGAGCUUUUACUUUCAUCAAGUGGGAAUCGACAUACUGUGCCAUGGUGCUUGGAUAAAGGGCUGCACAAACUUGCUUUUUGCAUCUUUUGUCUUGAAUCCGUAUCAGCAAAAUUAUAAGUGGUGUGCAGUUACAAGUACCUUCUUAAUGUAUAAAACAAUCGACAUUGUGAUAGUUAAUGCCUGUCGGAUCCUGUUAUGCAUUUUUCAAACUGUUGGGAGAUCAAUCUCCAAGCUGUUGUUCUUAUUACACUGCCUGACUUGGAUAUAUUUAUACUUACAUUAUGUGCCUACAUCUAUGCUUUGGUCCAAAGAAGUUAAAUACGCAAGAGCAGAACCUGGCUUGUGGCUUUGGUUUGCAGCAGAGUGCUUAGAUUCGGUAUGGUUAAGGCUCAUUGGACAUGCAAAAGCUACGCAUUGGCUUGAAAUUUGUCUGUUUCCACCACCGACGCAGGAAGCCAUUGAAUUAGCUGGUAUCCAUAAAAGGCAUAGAGAAUCUUUGAGGAAAUGUAAUGUCAAAAAAGCAAAGAAAGUUGAAUUGUGGCAAACGCUAGUUUGCGCAAUGGCGAUUAAGAAAAAAAUCAAAAGAAUUCGUGAAGCUAAAAACAACACGGAUGUAUCGAUGAAAGAUCUUAAGGAAACAGAGCCGUUUGAAACACAAGCAGACGGCGAGUUAGCAGAAAAUUAAUGAAGUUAUAUUGAAAUAUUUCAGAAAAGUAACAUUUAUAGAAUUUCUACUAAUGAUAGAAGAUACAAGCCGUUUUUAAACGAAUUUAUUUGUAUGAUGAAAGAAUUGAUUUUGUUAUUGUGAUAUUCAAAACAUCGAAUACGUACGAAUUUUGUUUAAGAAUUGUUGAUGAUAUACAUUGUUUACAACGAGACUAUUCUCUAUUGAUAUUCACAUGUAGCUAUAUUUGUACACAAUUGUAAAUUAGUGGCGGAAACAAAUGAAGCGAUUAAAGUACACUGCGUUUUCUGACACGCAAUAAAAAAAUCAGAAGCAAAAAGA